UCUGUGACGAAAGUGUGUGGAAGAAUCACAUGGUGUGUUUUGCGCGUGCUUGUAUUUGAACUUUGGCGCGAUCUGACUUCACAUCCCUUUCUGAAACACUCUAAUCAAUCCCAUAAACAAAUCCAUAAGACAGAAAUGAAUCACUGUGAGCUUGAAGAAGUGACGCAACAUAUUAACGACAAAAUUUCCAUGAUUAAAAGUCUCCUGGAGCUUCGAGCUGUUGCAAAAGAUCCGGACAAACGUGGGACUCUUCUCAAAAUCGAGCAAGAAGUCUCUGCCAUCAACGAGCUUCUGGAUCGCUUUGAGAGAUAUGUGGGCGAGCAGAGAGGCUUGCUUAAGCAUUUGAAGGAUCUAGAAGUUUUUUUCCUGGAGGACGAGCAGGAUGUCCUUCACCUCAAGAACAACAUCCCUCCGCACAUGCCCAAAAGAGGCCAGCAAGCAGCUCCGCAAGGAGGAGGACAGGUGGCAGUUCAGAGCAGGCAGACAGAUGCGCCACCCGCCCCUCAGGAACAGGGGCCGCCCAGGAAACCUCAGCGCAACCAGAUCAAAGAGAUGGAGUUCAUUACCGUCCCAGAGUUUGACAGCAUACCACCGUAUAUGAAAGGCCGCGUGACGUAUGACCAGCUGAACGCAGCGGUGCAAAGCAUCAACACAGCUGUGACGUCAAAAUAUAAGAUCCUCCAUCAGCCAGUCAAAACCCUGAACAAUGUGUCCCGCACGCUCCACCAGCGCUUUAAAGACCAAGAAACAAAGGACACCAAGGGUCAGUUUUUCAUCGUGGAGCAAGACAUCAGAGAGUUCGCCCAGCUGAAGGUGGACAAACGGUUUGUGGGCAUGUUGAACAUGCUACGCCACUGCCAGCGUCUGAGGGAAGUCCGAGGCGGCGGUCUCACACGCUUCAUCCUGCUCUAAGACUCCGAGACGCCCACAUCUCCAUCACAUCGCUUUGAAUGGAGUCACAUUUGCCGUGGAAUUUAUUAAAAAUAGAAUUAUGUCAAAUCAUCCUGAUUUGCAUCUACUCAGUUUGAGGCCUAAAACCUGGCAGAGAACUGGAUUUAUGGGUAAACAAACAAAUUAAACACAGUCAAACAUCAAAUGUUGAAACCUUUGUGUGCUUGAAAAGUGUUGCUAAUAAAUUGGUUUUAGAACUGA